AUGGCUCUAAGUCCGAGAGAUCCUCUUGUGGUAGGAAGAGUUGUAGGAGAUGUUGUUGAUCCUUUCACGAGAUUGAUCUCUCUUAAGGUUACUUAUGGCCAAAGACAGGUUAGUAAUGGCAUGGAUCUAAGGUCUUCUCAUAUUUUGAACAAACCAACGGUCGAAAUCGGAGGAGACGACCUCAGGAAUUUUUACACUUUGGUUAUGGUGGAUCCGGAUGUGCCAAGUCCAAGCAACCCUCACCUCCGAGAAUAUCUCCAUUGGUUGGUGACUGAUAUACCCGCUACAACCGGAACGGCCUUUGGCAAUGAGUUGGUGUGCUAUGAGAAUCCACGUCCGCCCUCAGGAAUUCACCGCAUCGUGAUGAUAUUGUUCAGACAACUCGGAAGACAAACUGUUUAUGCACCCGAGUGGCGCCAACGGUUCAACACUCGUGAGUUCGCUGCGAACUACAAUCUUGGUCUCCCUGUGGCUGCCGUUUUCUUCAACUGUCAGAAGGAGAAUGGCUGCGGAGGAAGAAGAACGUAG